AUAAAUGUUUAACCUUUUAGUUUUCGCAUUAUGUAUUUAUGUCUGAACGAGGUUUAAUCUAAAAAUAUUUAGUAGUUUUAAUCAACAAUGGUAGCACUCGGUGCUUUCCCAGCGGCCAAGCUUGGCGCUUUACUAUUGCGCCAAGUAAGUAAACCAAUUGCUAAUUUUGUUAAAGAACGAGCCAAACAAUCUCCAGUAUUUCGAUCAUAUGUUUGCAUGCCACCUGCUCAGUUUUAUAAUUGGUGUGAAGUUAAAAUGAAGAUGUAUUUCAUGAACCUUGGUACUUCCGGAAAGGUAAAACCUUUAAGUGAGACUAUGGCCAUUGAACUUGGAUCAAAUUUACUUGGCGAAGGUAUUAUAUUUUUUGUCGCCGCUGCUUUACUAUUGUUUGAAUAUAAUAGACAAGUACGUAAAGAACAAGCUAAAGAAGAUAUGCGUUCACAAGAACAAGAAGAUUUAAUUAAUUCAAUAAGGGAUUUGGACUUAAUGACCGAACAACACACUGCUGAAAUUAGACGUCUUACUUACCUGGUCGAUGAUUUAAUAUCUAAAAUUAACAGUAAAUCAUACCCUGAACCAGGGAUCACCUCAGAUACACCUUCAAGUAGUAAUAACAAAGUCAAUACCAAACAUCAAGAACCUGACCUAAAGAAACAAGUUUCUAAUGAUAUUAAUGAAAAUGUAUUAUUUAAAAGCAUUAAAAUGUUAAUCCAAUCAAUACAACAAGUAUGACUAAA